AUGAUGCUGUUACAAGCAGACGAACAAAUGCCAUCAGGAGACCAGGAGACCGGGAGACCAGCACAAUCAGGUCGACAGACAAGCAUAGAUCCUGACGACAUGUUGGCUUGUAGACACAAGCGGAAGCACCAACGCAAACGCCGACACCAGCUAAAGCUGAUUCUGAAGCAGCAGCUCUGGCAAACGUACAAACAACAGCACAAGCAGGCGCCAAAGCAGCAAAAAGACAUGAACCCACACUCGAGUGGGUUCGCCUGGUGA